GAGCAGAAUGGGCUAGCAUCAACAGAGGCAUCCUGGUAUGCAGUGACUGCUGCGCCGUACAUCGUUCUUUGGGGCGUCAUGUGUCCCAGAUAAAGUCUAUUCAUGACAAGGACUGGCACCCUCACACAUGGAGUCUUGUAAGUCAGCUGAGCAAUGGAGGGGCAAAUGGUGUGUGGGAACACACGCUCCUCGACCCCACCGCAGCCAAAACUAAUAAGAAGAAGCCCAGCCCCUCUGAUCCCGUGCAUCCAGUGAAGGCAGACUUCGUGCGCUCAAAGCACCACAGGCUGAUGUACAUGCUGCAGCCUCCUUCUCCCUCCCCACCUCACCCUGCCGCAUCCUGCCUCCCUCCUGUAGGAGGUGACGAGGAUCCUCGGGAAGGCAAGCUGGGACCUGCUGAUGACGAGGAGCAAGAUACUCUCAGCCAGGAACUGCACAGCAGCGUCAGGACGGCCAACCUCGAGACCUCGCUACGUCUCUUAUCCCAGGGCGCCGACCCAAACUAUUUUCAUAAGGACCGCAGUAACUUCCCUCUGCACGUGGCGGCGGCGUCAGGGCAGCCGGAGCAGGUGGAGCUGCUGCUGGUGCAUGGAGCGCUGCCUCGCAGCCUCGACUCUGCCAACAAAACUCCUGCUCAAGUCGCAUUGUGUGCUUAAACUCCUGCUCAAGUCGCACAAGCGGCCGGGCACGUCGACAUAGCAAACCGCCUCAUGGACGCAGAACAGGAGCUGGUGCACCGUCUCGUCUGCUUCAUCGUAAACCGGUCCCAGAACCGCGCCCCGCACUCCGUCCCCUACCGUCGUCCCGGGUCCAUGUUCCCCGCGUCCUACGACGGCAAGACUGACAGCUUCUUCCUGCCUCCCAACAUCAUCGCUCAGUACCAGCCUGCCACUGAGGGCGCGCGACAAGCCCGAGCUAAGCUCAUCACCAUACCAAACGCCAUGCUCGAGGAUCUUGCUACUGACCUUUAUGAUGAGAGGGACCGGUGCGCUGUACCGUUCCUGCCCGUCAACCCGCUCUUCUCGGCCACUCGUAACCAAGCCAGGCAGAAACUCGCCAUAUUGAAACCGGAAGAGCUGUGCACGCUGGUGGUGGACCUUUUGGUUGACUCGCGACGCAGGGCGGCCAUUCUGUCUUCUGGUGGCGCGAGGGCCUCAGCUGCUGUGAGGAACACGGCGCCUGCUGGAGAAAGUCUCGCUCGCUCCGCUGACUCAGACCAGCAACUGGCAACAAAGCACACCGGACAAAACUCUCCGACCAGCAAUGCCGAGCCUCGUACUUCUAAUCUUGCCUUCUCUUCCUCCUAUUCAUCUGUCCCUUCUGCAAUGUCUGAUGUGCAUUGUCAAGCCUCUGAACUGCCUUCUUCAUCAUCUUCAGGGCACUGUUUACCUUCCUCAUCUCCUGACCAGGCUACUUCUUUUGUCUCUUCUCAUCCUGCUCUCUCUACUUCUCUUAAAGAUUUCCCUUCUCAUACUGCACAAUCAUUUUAUGCUCAAAACGAGGCUUCCUCUCCUACUCGGUGUAGGGAUUUCCCAUCCCCUUCAUCUCUACCGACUUUCUUCCUUCGGAGUGGACGUCAGCAAUCAACAAUCUCUGCGGAUGAGACUGACAGCAAUCGUACGUCAGCUGAUCGCUCUUCCCUCAUCACUGCCCAUCAGCCCCCAUUGUUCCCAUCACCCGCUGGCAGCUCCCCUGCAUCCAUCAUCCCCUUCUUCAGCCUCAACCCUAACCUCAAAUCUGAAAAUACUAACAUAACCCAAAACGCCCGCUCUGAAACUCCCAAUAUUGACUCUAAACUCUACCCUAACUCCCGCGUCAAUGUCGCUAAUGUUUAUUCUAUGUUUGGUCAGGAUUCAACUGAGAUGAACCCAAGUACUCAAUUAUAUGUUGGCAAAAAUGAUCCAAAACUUCUACUCGAUAGCACGUGCAGUAACGCUGGGUCGACCAACGUAAAGCAGGAUUUCACUAACAACUUAUCCCGUUUUAUUUCCAUGGAUGAAAAUCUCGAAGAAACAAAGAAAACGCAGAAUGAUGUCCUUACCUGCGAUCAGCUUAUUAGUGAAGCUUCUUCAUUUGUGAACAUGAUGGCUCAAAACGACGCAUUAAAAGCUUCCCAGAAAUGCUCUUAUGGUGAAAAGAAGGCGCAGCGCAGCAUAUCAUUUCAGAGUUCCCACGACUCCCACGGGACGGCAGACAGCAGUGGCAGCGUACGGGACUCUAUGUUCUCUGAAGAUUCCUUGAAACUCGACAGUAACGACAAGAGUAAACUUUUUCUGCCCCUCAGGUCUCUAACAGGCACAAGUCUUGCUCAUCAAGUGUCUGUUUCCCCUGGUAUGGAGUCUAGUAGAAAUGCAGCAUCAUCUAGCUUCUUCUUGCGUCAGACAAGCGAAGUUGAGGGUAUAUACCCUCCUCUCAGUCCUGAAUCAAUGAUGGAUUCAGCCUCGGGAUCAUACACUGCUCUCGGGAGCAUGGGUAGCGGAAUAAACCCUCCUCUAAGCCCUCUUUAUCCAGCUUAUCCAUACCAACCUCAUGGCCGGCGGGUGCCCAGUGGCAUUAAUCCGCCUCUCAGCCCUCAAGCGUCUAACAUUGACACGGCAUCUGAGACGUACGUGCAGUUAGGGAGCGUAAGAAGCGGGAUAAAUCCUCCUCUAAGUCCGCAAACAUCAAACUUCGACGCAACCUCAGAGACUUACGUGCAGCUAGGGAGCCUAUAUAGCGGAAUUAAUCCUCCUCUCAGCCCCGAAGCAUCGACGCGCGAUUCGGCUUCAGAAAGCUACGCUUUGCUCGGCAGCAUGAAUAGUAUUCUGCCCAGCGCCCGCGGGGACUCGGAAGUGUACGCUAAUAUAGGUAGCGUCGCCAGUGGCAUACAUCCAGCCCUCACCCCCGCAGGGUCUUCAGUAGGUUCAAGGGCCACUUUUGAUCAUCAUUCAAGUGUCCUCAUGGCAUUUGGUCGGAACAAUCAGAGCAAUCCGCUCUACCAAUCUUAUGAUACAGUACACGUGUCUUCGAAUGAAGCUAGUGAUGCUGAAGCAGCCGAAACAAAAUCUCUUGAUGAAGGUCGUGUUGCUGACACCGAGGAUAACUCUGAUAUGAACAUGACAGAGGAUGAAAAACUCAAAAGAAAACUCGUCUCGGAAGAGAAAACUACCAUAAAGCAUGACGGUAAAAAGUCAAAUGACGGUAGUAAAAGCGUUCGUCUACGCAUCAGAGAAAGUUUCCAGCGAGUCAAGAACAGCAAUCGGUCCGAUGACGUCAAGAGCUCGAACCGUGCAGACAAAUACUCGAGUGGAUUCAGCAGUGAGAGCGAACUCUCCAGCGGAGGAGACAGCCACUGCACGGCAUCUUCCAGGUCUGAAGUCAUGAAGACGCCAGUAUCAGCCAGGAGCUCGACCGGGCAGUUUGCUGCUCAGUUGUCACGUUCUAUCCGCCUAAAAUUCAUGGGUAAAAGUAAGGAGAACAAGAGGGACGUAGCUUCUUUUACCUUAGAUCACUCUGAGGCUAUAGAGAAGAGUCGGAGUCUACCGCUUAACAAGACGAAUUCUGUAGUUGAAGCUUUGGGUAAACGGGCUAGCGCCGCACCGGACGAUAAGGUAAAAGCGUCUGAGAGCAAAUACAGGUUUGUGCGUACUCUCACCAUGCCUCUGAAGCUCGCGUCCCAACGUCGCCCUAGCCUGCCACGGGGCAUUUCUAGGUCCCAACCCACGACACCAGACAUGGCCCGUAAACAUCGCGUUGUUCAAAGUUACACUCGCCAACGCACAAGCACCAACAUCUUCAUGACUCCUCACAUGCGGAUCAGAGAUCCCCUUAACAUCAGUUCUCCUCAAUCAUCGAGUUCGAUGCGUUCUCUGUUCAGCGGCAAAGAGAAGAACACAAUCAAGCACAUCAGUAAGCCCAUCAUGGUGACUGAUCCUUCAAACUUCCAGCGUCUCACGUCGUCCACUAAGUCGCUCAUGACCCACAGGGACAAGAACUUCGUACGGCCGCUCGUCAAGUCGUGUGGUUCUGACGGCAAACCACCGCGCGCUUGCCGACCUGCUCCACAUCACUCCAGCGAAAACCUGCACCGCGUCAGAAUGUCAAACUCUGGGGACCUCAGCUGCUCUUCUUACGAACCUCCGCCUUUGUCUUCACCUCGGAACAGUGAUGUGUAUGCCUCGGACUGGGAUGAACUGUUCUUGGAGGUGUGCGACAAGUGCCGACAGAACGUCAUCGAUGGCAUCCAGCACCCGUCCAUAUGGGGCUUCAAUGAGUACCUUCCUGCGGGGUACGUGCGAUCUCCUGAGGAAAUCAAGAGCCUUGUGGCCGUUGCAGCUAAGAGGAAGAACCUCAAAGAAGAUUGCAAGCUGCAGUAG